AUGCAGCUGGACCCUCUUCCAGAGCAAGUCCGUGUCACUUUUUUUAUGGAGGGCGUUCGCACGGGGUUCGCGAGGACGGAAGCCUUCCGCAUCCACCCCUCAACUUUGGAGGAGGAUGUAGACAUAGCGUUGAAUGCUGAGUUCAGCUUAAAGCCGCUCGCUAUGGCACUCAUGGACAUUCCCACAGACCAUUUGAUGGGGCUGAGCCCUUGGACCUCAUCUAUGCUGAAGAAGAAGAGAGAGAUCUUUCGGACGUUGAACGGCAACGGUACGUCCGUAGAUGUAACACAUGCGGGAGCACCAAGCACGUGCGCCCCCAGUGCCUACUGA